GUGAAGUUUUGUUUUUCCUGGCUCAAGACCCAGUGCAUGUUCUACAUUUAGCACUCGGACGUUCAGACAUCUGAUCUGAUCACAGGGGCUGAGUGCGCUCUUACCAGCCAAACGCGCGGCAAUGACCCUGUCCAGCGACAUGUCCGGUCAGACUGUGCUCACGGCCGACGAUGUGGACAUCGAUGUGGUCGGAGAAGGCGACGAGGGACUCGAACGGGACAGCGAGUGCGGCAGCCCGGGCGUGAUGCACGAUCCGGACGAUCUGGAGGUGCAUGAGCACGUCAGCGGCAGCCCGUGUGAGAGCGGCGGCGAGAGCGAGCACAGAACCGGGGAGGAGGGUCAAGAGGGUCACGAUGGAGCGACCAACCCGGUGCCUAACAAGCCCAAGAACAGCCUGGUAAAGCCGCCGUAUUCAUACAUCGCGCUCAUCACUAUGUCCAUUCUGCAGAGCCCGCAAAAGAAGCUGACACUUAGCGGCAUCUGCGAGUUCAUCAGCAGCCGAUUCCCCUAUUACCGGGAGAAGUUUCCAGCCUGGCAGAACUCCAUCCGCCACAACCUGUCGCUCAAUGACUGCUUUGUAAAAAUCCCACGCGAACCGGGCAACCCUGGCAAAGGCAACUACUGGACCCUGGACCCACAGUCCGAAGAUAUGUUUGACAACGGCAGCUUCCUUAGGAGAAGAAAGCGCUUCAAGAGGCAACCGGACAUCCUCCGAGAACAGACUGCUCUUGUCAUGCAGAGUUUCGGUGCUUAUGGGCUCGGAAGUCCUUACGCACGCCACUACGGCCUUCACCCGGCCGUUGCCUACUCGCACCCGGCGGCGUUGCAGUACCCGUACAUUCCCCCAGUAGGUCCAAUACUUCCACCGGCCGUGCCGCUCCUGCCUUCAGUCGAGGUGAACCGCAAGGCGUUCAGCUCACAGCUCAGCUCGAGCCUGCAACUCCAACUGAACGGCCUAAGCGCCGCCGCCGCAGCAGCAGCAGCCGCCGCCAGCACCGCGUCCAUGAUCAAAUCAGAGCCGUCGAGUCGGCCGUCGUUCAGCAUAGAGAACAUAAUCGGUGUGUCCAACAGCAGCGUGUCCGGGAGCGCACAGACGUUGUUGCGGCCGCCGGUCACGGUGCAAUCAGCGCUCCUCAGCUCGCACUCGCUCUCAUCGUUAACGCGGAGCUCCGCAAUACUCAGCGUCCCGCCCGCAAACCUCCUGUCCGGACAGUUUUUACCAGCAUCCGUAGCGGCGAUUUCCAAAUGGCCUUCUCAAUAACAGACUGUAUUAUUUUUUUAAUAUUUAAGGGACUGUACAGCACGAACUAUAGGCAGCACUGGACGAUGCGUCCGCCUCACUGUAGCCAUGUAAAGAAAAGAGAAAUCAGAACAUAAACAAAACGGAGGAAUGCUUUAAGCACAGGUAAUAUUUGUAAAUAUUUGUAUGAAAAAAAAUGUACUUGUUCGACUUUCUUUUUGUUUCUACAUUUCUGUUCAUUUGCCUGUGCGUUCUUAUUUUUAUUUUUAAUAUUAUACAUUAUAUGUAUUUCUCUUCAUUCGAAUCACGGAGAGUGAGACCCUUAUUGAUGGGGUUCAUGUUCGUUUUGAUUUAUUUUUUUAUCACAAAAUACAAAAAUGUUCUCGUUCGAAGGUUGUUUAUACAAUAAAUGAAAUAUAUGUAUUCUAUGUAGCUAUAUCG